UGGGCAGCACCAAAGGAUGGCAGUAAGAGGCUGGAGACUCUCAGUGAUCCUAGGGAUCAUCCCAUCCUUAACCCUCUGCAUCCAGGGAAGGAGAAUGUGAGGAUGCUCCAAGACUAUUUGAAGAAUGUUGGUCAGGUUGAGAAGGAUGCUGACACCAUGACAAGGGAGCAGGCUCUCUUGCUUCUCUUUGUUCUCCAUGAUUAUGACAAGAGCGGUCGACUGGAUGGCCUGGAAUUCAUGCGGUUGCUUAGUGAGCUGGCGGAAGAACAGGCCAAAAGGCAGCCCUUGCCUGACUUGCUGGUACUGAUGGUGGACAGCAUCCUGGAGACACAGGACUUGAACCGGGACGGGUUGCUGGAGCCCUCGGAGCUGUUUCUUGGCCCCUGGCAGGAUCAGGCCCCAGCUCUGCUUGCUGCCCCCAGUGGAGAAGAUGGGACAGUGUUGUGGGCCCCUCUAGAGCCGGAUGAACAAAGCGUUGGGCUCUCAGACCUCCCAGUCCAGCAAGGUACAGCAGAGCCCCCGGCUGCCCCAGAGACUUUUCAGGAGCAGGGAGUCAUGGAGGCCCCUUCCCUGAGCCCUGGAGCACAAAUGCACAAAGGGGAUCAUGGCCAGGAAGCAUCGCCAGACACACAGGGACAAGGGGCUGAGAUGCCUCCUGCUCCCGGCAACUGAUACCUACUCUGCUCAGGAGAGGAAGAAGUCUGGUGGAUGACUUGGCCCUAUGGACAGAGGAACAGAAUGACUCCAGGGCAGUUUCCAGAAGGGGCUGCAGGGAGGUGGGAAGCCAGAAACAGUCUGAGCUUGCUGCUGCCACUUCCUGUCAUGCCCAUGUCCCUGGAACCACCCAGAUUUCUCACCCUUUCAGUCAUCUGUGCUGCUCUAGGGCUCUGUGCACAAAUCCUUGCUUUUCUUGCCUGCUCCAGAUACCAUCCCGUUCAACAUGCAACUGAGAAUCCCAAACAUGCUGUCCCCUGGAUGGAUAACAGUUGGCUUAGCCUGGAUCAGGAGCCCAGGACCAGAGCUUGGUAUCCUUCCUAGGACAUCUCUUUGCAAAGAAGGCCUUAUCCAGCUCGCUGGGUACCAUGCAAGUAGCUCCAAGGGCUGCAGUGCCAGUGGUGCUCUCCGCCCCCAAGUGCCACCCCCUCUGCCAAGUAGGCAGAGAACCAUUUCCCAUUCCCACCCUCUAGACUCUCAGGAUGUGAAGUACAGAAUCACAAUGCCUCCCACUCACUCCGUGCUAGGGAACUGGUCAGCAUCUGUCUUGGCUCCUCCCAACACAUGAAGCUGCCUUCUAUCAAGGCAGCCCUUGGUCUAGCAAGGUCAGCCAUUGUCCACUCUGACUGGCAGCAACUCUCCAGGGUCUCAAGUCUUUCACAUCA